AUUAUUGUUGUUGUUGUUGAAAUAGCGGCUUUAAUUUUCGAAACCUAUAAAUCUCUUUUUUAAGAAAACUUUGUAUUGCUCUGAUAUCAUCUCAAUUACACAGUAAUAAAGAAGUACUACAAAUUAUACAAUCUUUGAUACACACAAUAUAAUACUAUAUAAUAAGAAUAGUCUGAAUUUCUUCUUUGUAAUAAACAUUUAUGGUUUGCUGGUAUCAUGGGUACUUAUUGAAUAGAGUCAUUUGCCACUGCUGCAUUUGGAGCUGUGCUUGGUGUGGGGAGUGGGGCAGUUUCCAUGGGUGCCACCACUACCUCCAGCGUUGGUUUUUGUACUGGUGUUGGUGCUGGUGCUGGUGCUGGUGCUUGCGCUUGUGCUGUUAUCUGUGGUGGUGGUGGAGUUGUUGAUGUUGAUGUUGUUGUUGGUGUUGGCGUUGGUGUUGGUGUUGGUGUUUGUAUCGGUAUUGGGGGUGUACUCUGCACAUCCGGCUGUUUCACUAACUUUUGAAUCUCAUUAUUUAACGCUUGCUUGUGGUGAACUGAGUUUUUUCUUGAAUAAAAGCUUCUUAUGUUUCCAAGUGAUGGUCUCUUUGGUUUUGGUGGUGGCAACCCUGCCGGGGAAUCAAUAGCCGGUGGCGGCUGGGCGGGAAACUCAUAUCCGGGAGGAAUUGGAUAAUCGCCUUCAAAUGAUUUCGGUCUCUCUUUCUGUUUAGUAGGAGCAAGUCCAAAUGUAUCCGGAAGAGCCUUCUGUGAAUAAGCCUCUGACAAUGAUGACUUGUGACCGCGCACUU